CGCAGUGUCGAUAUCAUUGUAGAGUUGUAUUAUUCCUUUCAGUGGUAGGACGUUUGUGAAAAAUGUCUGUGAGGGCGUUGACUCCUGUGCUUGCGGAAAAAGCCCGUGUUGAGCUGAAUGAAAACCCGAACACGCUGAAGGAUGAUCUUCAAAAUAUUAAGGACUGGUUGGCCAAGCAACCACAUCUAAAUGCUAGGAUAGAUGACCAAUGGUUGGUGGGGUUCCUCCGUGGAUGUAAGUUCAGUUUGGAGAGGACGAAAGAGAAGUUGGAUCUGUAUUACUCUGUUCGCACCACGGCGCCUGAACUAUUUCGCAUAAAGCACACCGAUCCUCUCUUUGACGAAAUCCUGGGUUUAGGUUCAUUUGUUAUACUGCCAAAGCCUCCGAGACCAGAUGCUCCGAUGACAUCCAUCAUCCGGCCAGGAAAGUAUGACCCAGCGAAGUACGAUAUUCUAGACAUCUUGUCAGCUACCAACGUUUUAAUGAGGAUUCUCCUGGUGGACGAUGAUAACGCGACUGUCGCUGGCGGUCAAAGCAUUAUAGAUCUAGAGGGAGUGACGAUGGCACACUUCUUGCAAAUGACGCCGGUCACCAUGAAAAAGAUGGUCGUCUUUGGUCAGGACGCAUCACCAAUGCGUAUGAAAGGAACGCAUUAUAUGAACACACCACCUGGGUUUGAGACUAUCUUCAAUGCAAUCAAAAGUUUGCUUAAUGAAAAGAAUAGGAAUAGGCUCUACGUCCACAACAAGAAUUAUGAAGAAUUGUACAAACACAUUCCCAAAGAUGUACUGCCUGCUGAAUACGGGGGUAACGCUGGAACAAUAGACGAUAUUUCAGAAUACUGGAGGAACAAGGUGAAGAAAUAUGAUUCCUGGCUGCAAGAGGACUAUCAGUACGGCACAAUUGAGUCAAAGCGUCCUGGCAAACCGAAGACUGCUGAAGAUAUGUUCGGCGUUGAAGGAUCCUUUAGAAAACUUGAUGUUGACUAAUAAUCUUUUCUUAUAUCUUAAAUAUUGUGUACAAUGUGGAUGCGAUAAAUGUUAAAAAUAAUCUUUUGAUAUGAAUAGACCUUACGUUUCUUGUAAAUAGAGCAAAUAAACGAUAUUAAAUUA